GAUUACAGAGUAUCCAUAUUUAGAAAGGUAUCACUCUAUCAUUAUUACGGUAUUACCCCACUUGGUAUAUUCAAAGAAAUGACCCACACUCCGUUACGAUAUCACCGCUGAUUGCCAAUUUGCCAAACACUCUCCUCCAUUUCUGUUUCCUCUUAUCGCAAAAUUUGAUCCAAACAAUCACCCCAUCCCAGUUUCCAUCUUCACUUCAGGAAAAGUCAGGUUCCGGGAGUACAUUUGAUUGCAAAGAUGGGAUUGAGCAUGAAACAGAUGGCUCUUUUAACCUCCUUCUUUGGUGUCUUCUCCUUCCUAUGCGGUGUCAUAGCUGAAAACAAGAAGCCUGCAGCAGGAACACCAAUUUCUGGGAAGGGUGUAGUUAUUUGCAAGUACCCUUCUGAUCCAACAGUGAUUUUGGGGUAUAUAUCUUUUGCCGCACUGAUUGCCUCUACUGUUGUUGGGCACAUGUCAAUAUUUUACCCCUAUAACAAGAGGGCUAUUCCAUCUAGUGCCCUGUUCCGCAGCAAAACCAUGUUCGUGUUUUUCAACAUUGCAUGGGUAACCGCUGGUUUAGCUGCCGCAUUGCUCCUUUGGCCAACAAUUACUGAGCAAUUCCAUUUAAGUCGUACAGUACAUCACAACCCAGCCUACGCUUGCCCUACUGCUAAGACCGGGGUCCUUGGUGGUGGUGCCUUUGUGUCCCUCGACUCAUGCCUCUUUUGGUUGAUAUGCCUCAUGUUGGCUAACAAUGCUCGAAGUGAUUACUUUGAGGAGGUUGAAGAUUCUCAGAAAGGGGAGCGCACCCAAGUUAUUAAUGUUGUACCCCCUAUUGGUUCAGAGGUCAUGAGCCAUGCCAACGUUGCUUAAUGGCAUACUAUAUGUGAACGACACUCUUUGGUUUAAUUUAUUUUUUUAGAAGAAAUUGAUUCAUCAAAAUCUUGAAAUAAAGAUAAUGUUGCAAGAUCGUGAACACAUGAUUGGUUUUACAUGUAUAUAUGCUUACAUGACCUCUAUGAGUA